GUUACUCCGCUCCCAGCGACACAGUCAAGGUUGUCGAACUCAAUGCUUCAUCUUAACUUGGGUACGAACUAAAACAUGCGGUGCCAAACAGAAAAGCAUCUUCUAGCGUCCUUGCCGUUUCUGAGCGUCAAGCUCUGGGGACACUCAGCCGAGACGAGAAGACUGCGUCCCGGACGCUUACACAAGUGAGGGCCAAACAUGAAGAAUUGGAAUAGAGCUCAGAAGGACUGCGCGGCGACGAAGAAACUCAGCAAGCCAAGUCCGAGGGAGAUCAUACGCGCUCAAAGCAAGAGUACGAAAACCAUCAGAGUGAGCGGACGAGGAUCAGGUAUUUAUUUCUUCUCCAAGCACUUAUUACGCGUUAUUUCAUUGUUAUCCUGCAGCCGUCUUGAGACCGAGACGAACGAAAAGCUCGCGGAUGUCUAUCAGCGCUUGUUCCAAGCAGGUGUCGACAGGAACGAAUCGGAACGCGAGGCAAAGCUCAAGGCAACGCUCCCCAGUCUGCAGCGCAUCUUCCCAGGCGUCCGCGGGCGCAUGGUUGACCUCUGCAAACCCACACAGCGCAAGUACGAGCAAGCCGUUUCUGCCGUCCUUGGGAUUGCGUUAUCUGUAGCCAGACGUUGACGAUUCUAACAUUAGAACACAUCUGUGUUGGCUCAAGGUCGAGGAUUCUGCUAUCAAUGGCAUUUGG